UAGGAGCAGCUGGCAAGUGAAGCAGCGGCAGCAGGGGAAUCGGGGCGGAGGGGGCAGAGGGAAGCUGGCAGCCCCACGGGCCACCACCUUGGGCGGGGGCUGGCCAGGUUGCAGCAGGUACUUCUCUGCCGGCAGGAUGGUGAAUCUGGACCCGGUGCAUGCAGAUAUCAAGAUGAGUGGUGACGUGGCAGAUUCCACAGAUGUGCAGAAUGAAGUCAGCCACAUAGAGCCUGGAAACGAACGAAAUGGCCUGGAUUUCAACAGACAGAUUAAAACGGAAGACCUCAGCGACUCUUUGCAAACUACCACCCCUUCCAGAUCGAGCCAUCUGGUACAAGGGCCCUCGAUGAUGCCUGGAGGGCAAAUUGCUGGGGAUAUGAGUUCUCUUCACACUUUGCAGCAGCUCGUGCAGGUUCCGGGUCACAUGCAAUCCGUCCCCUUAUUCCUGCUAUCUCAGGGCCCAGCAGGACAACAAGCUCUGCAGUCAAAUCUUCUCUCUUUUCCUCAGCAGCAGGGUGGGAUUCUCCUUCCACAACAUGGGCACAGCUUAGCGUCUCAGGCGGUGGGACGUCCCGGGCACCCUAUGUCAUCACUGGAGCCCCACACGGAAGUCCCUCAGCACUUACAAGUGGCCAAGCACUUGCCCUCCUCUGUAGCGACAGAUGAAGCCAAUGACCUCGAGGAGCUUGAAAAAUUUGCCAAGACUUUCAAACAGAGGCGAAUCAAACUUGGGUUCACACAGGGCGAUGUGGGGCUGGCCAUGGGGAAGCUCUAUGGGAAUGACUUCAGCCAAACCACCAUUUCCCGCUUUGAGGCCCUCAACCUGAGCUUCAAGAACAUGUGUAAGCUAAAACCACUGCUAGAGAAGUGGCUGAGUGACGCAGAAUCUUCCCCUUUGGACUCUUCCGUCAGCACGCCCAGUUCCUACCCCUCUGUGAGCGAGAUGUUUGGGCGCAAGAGAAAAAAACGCACCAGCAUUGAGACCAACAUUCGCUCCACGCUGGAGAAACGGUUCCAAGAUAACCCCAAACCCAGCUCAGAGGAGAUCUCCAUGAUUGCAGAACAGCUGUCCAUGGAAAAGGAAGUGGUCCGGGUUUGGUUCUGCAACCGGCGCCAAAAAGAGAAGCGCAUAAGUUGCCCAGUGCCUUCCCCUGUCAAGUCGCCCCUCUAUAACUCCAGACUGGUGUCUACCUCAGGAUCUCUGGGUCCCCUCUCUGUUACGCCUGUCCACAGCACCAUGCAUGGUGCAGUGACAUCAUCAUGCUCUCCUGGCCACUCCAGCCGGCCCUCAUCUCCCGGCAUGGGUCUCCACGCCAGCAGCCCCGGCAUGUCCCAAAGCAACUCCAAAGUGGCCAUCAACUCAUCCAGUUUCAACUCUUCUGGAUCCUGGUACCGAUGGAACCAGCCCACCUACCUCCACUGAAGCGCCAUUCCCCCAAAGAGCAACCGACUCCACCUUUUUCUCCUCUGUAGAAAAAGGGAGCCUUAACUUCAUGCUAUAAGGACCCACUUCUAUGGGAACAGAGGCUCAGACAAAUGUCUGAGACGAUGGCACACGUGUAAGCAGCAGAUCUCCCUUCAGCCCGUGACCUCACGAUGGGAGCGACUUUGAAAGCACAACUGCCAAAGAGACUAGAAACUGUGACGGAUCCCCAACCAGGGCCUCAGUGUGUCUGUGUGUCUGUGCAUGUGUCAUCUCCAUGCUGUGGGAUAAACCCACUAGCUGGUCAGCCUCAGGCUCUUCUCCAUUUGGUGACGAAACCUUUUGCUCUGUAAUGGAUGCCUGGCUAUCUUUGACCAGGAAAGGUUUCUGUCUUCUCUUUCUAGCUCAUAACUGCUUCUCUUAGGCGGCAGCUCUGGUGAAGCAUCUGUGCUCCAAUCUAAACACGCAAAUGCAUCCUCAGAGAUCCCCCUAAACUGAAACCAAGGCUGCCAAAUUCAUUUAGCUGAAGGUUUCAAUCAGGACGGUCCCUUUCAUGCCCUGCAGAUGGCAUUCCAGAGCAAAGUAAGUGUGCUUUGGCUGUCAUUCAGUGGCACCUACUCAAAAUUCUAGAAGGUUUUAGGUAAUCUGGAUGCAUUGUAAGUUCCGAAUAGUUUUGAUUCCAAGACACUUUAUGCUGGGGAUCUGUGGGCCCAACAGUUUCUGGGGAGCAAAACAGACAGGAAAUUGACAUGCAACUAACCAUUCAAAGGUAACGGUGCCUGGGCCAGCCCUCUUGUUCAGUAGAGUGAAGAUGUAUGCAUGCAGUCUGCAUUGUGGUCCUUAAGCUAACCAGCUGCCCUCAGGUGCAAUGUCCCUUUGACAGCAAGGCUCUGGUUGGCUUCGGUACAUGAAAUGGGGAGGCUGUCAUCUUUUCUUUCAUCUCAGGCAGCAAAAUGUCCAGCCUAGUCUUAGAUGGUGUGUUCACCCAGUGCACGGGCACUGAGACUUUUAGCCCAACUUGAUUGUGUAUAGACACUUACUUUUCCAAAAUUUAGGAAGCAGUGUUUUAGAAUUUCCAUAGCCUGUAACAGAUGCAUUGAUAUUUUUUUUCUGAGUCCCACCAGGGUCUCUGAUAAAAUGUUAGGCUUUUUUUCCCCACAUAUAGUGGUUUAAGCUGUACCUGGAAAAGCCAAAAUUAGCCCAAGCAUCUACUGGACAAAGGCCAUGAUGAGUUAAUGCAUUUCAUUAAACUUAAAAAUCUUGAGUAGUAUUGGAACCAUUUUAAACGGUUUAAAAAAAACAAAAAACAAAUAAAAGGCAUGAAAGGAUAGGUGUUUAUCCACGUAUUUAGUCAUGUAGACCCCCUCUUAUUUUAUUCUUUUUAAGUGAAACAUUUCGGUGCAAUAGAUUGACUGAACCAGAAACGACUUGCCAUCCAGUCUGGUCAGUUGUGGCCAAUGCCCUGAAUGAGACCAGAAGAAGUGACUGUACUAAGGAACUGUUAGAUGUUUCACUGAAAAUAGCCUCUAACCUCCGGAGUUUGGCUACACACCCACAUAUAGUCUAUUAUAGGGAUGAGGAAGUAGUUCAGUUCAGUUUGCAUUUAAAGGCAAGUGUACAUCAUACAAACUUUCCAAAACCAUACACAAACUGAAACGCAGCCGUCCUUCAACAGUUGCACUUCUCUGAAUCUUGCAGGGCAGUUCUCCAGCCAAGUAAUGUGUACAAAAAUGCACAUACUAGGGUAAAGUGUGUGUAAAAAUGUAUCAUGGAAAUAACAUACAAAAAUGCAUUAUUGAACAUUGUAAAAAUGUAAAUAUUAGGAGAAAUUUGCACUGAUGCUAAUGAAUUUCCAUGGGGCCUUUUGUUUCUCUGUUUUUAACCAAACUGAUGUGGAAAACUGAACUUAAGACUGGACAAAUGAGAAAGUGAGAAAACUCAAAACUGACAGAUUCUCCCAUCUUUACCCGAUUGUGAAAAUCAGAUCUUUUGCUGCACUGUUCCAUUUGAUUUGUGCACCUACCAAGCUGCAACGCUGGGCCAGAGCUGCUGCCAGAAGCGAGUAAUUUCUUUUGCUCCAGAUAAAUAAUUGUGUGGCAGAUGGGAGGGAGGAGAGGCUAUGAAGUCGGCAGAAGUUGCCUACCAGACUCUUCUUGAGAAGAAAGCAUACUUGUCGCUGUGGUGAGAUGCUGCCUGUGGGCCCAAACCAAGAGCCCGGAGGCUGGAAACGCAGCUGGGUGGGGACCAACUUUGGGUGGAAAACAGCUGGAGAGAGGAAAGUAUUAAGUAGCCCUUUCCCCUCCGACGGUGGCAGCUGGUGGCUCCAUGUCAGUGGGGCAAUGGAAUCCUCUCCGGGCUUUAGUCAGAACUUUCAAGGAGCUGUCCCAGCUGCUUCAGUACCUCGGACAGCUCCUUGAAAGUUCAGACUAAAAACCAAAGUGGAUUCCACUGCCCCAUCGACAUGGAGCUGCCACUGCCCUCCAGUUACACUCGCCACCUCCCACAGCUUGUUUUCAUUAAAUACACACACACUGGGAGACUGUAGUGCGCAUCUGCCGUGUAAUGCCUAGUUUGGAAGCAGCUCCUGAAAGGAGAUGACCUUGUGGAUCAGAAGAUUCCUUUGGAAUAACAACUUCUUUUUUUUACUUAAGGUAUAUUUGCUCUAAGAUGGGGAUCUCAAGCUCCCGUUGGGGCGCUCCCCUGGUUACUCACGCCCCUUUUCAAGCCACAUGCCUCACCAGCCCUGCUUUGCAACCUCCUUGAGUGCUUUUUACUGGCUAGAAUGUGUCUGUGAACUCUGAUGAUGCCUCUUGCUUGCCUGAAUGGAGACUAGAGAAGGGUGACUGUGUGUAGAAAUACCCCUAGGGUACGAAGGUCACAUUUACAUUUGUUGCUCCACCCACUUUUGCCUCUGGCCCCACCCACCGCUGGCAUGUGGCCCCUGGAGGGGAAUAUGGCCCUUGGACUGAAAAAUGUUCUCAACAGCGGCCGUCAACUGUUCCUCCUUUGCACUGUGGAUCUUUUUUGCCAUCACAUUGAUGGCAUUGAAUGAAUAAGAAGAUAUUAUUAAGUCAACGGCUCCAAGCACAUGAGAAAUGUACUUCUUUUUUCUGUUCUUUUUUAUUUUUGUUAUUACUCUGUCCAUUGGGUUUUUAUAUUAGCUGCAAGGCUAAAAGGAACUUUGUCUCUCGCUGUGAUUACAAUCGUGCUGUUUGUUUGGGGGGAGAUUUGCCAUAUUGUAAAGAGCUUCUCUCUCCUCCCCAAGGUCUUCUGCAACCUACACUUUUCUCUGUUUGGGAGAACAGUUUGUAUAACUCAGGUGUGAAUUUUGAAAAUUUUAUGUCGCUUUUUGUGUGUGUGUGUGUGUGUGUAUUGUUUUGAUUUCAUUAAAAUUGUUUUAAA